CCAACCUGAGCUUCCAGCUUGACCGAUGGUUCGGUCGGCUCCUGCGCGCGUGUCCCUGCCCGUCGCUGUCGCGUCCCGGCGCCCGUGGCCUCUUGGCCCUCCUCCCCACGGCGAGCGACGCGCCACCGUCUUCCUCCCGUUCCCCCGGUCCAAAGUCUCCUCCCUGCGCACUCCGUCCUCAUUCCACAACCGCGUGUCCUGGUGCGAGCUCCAGUAGGAAGCGAGCAAGAACUGGAUGGAGGCCGCGACGGCGGAGGAGAAUAGGAAGGUGUUCGUCGUGGUGCCGGCGGAGCCCAGGGCGGGGCGGUCGACGCUGUCGUGGGCUCUCGUCAACCUCUGCGGCGGCGGCGGAGCCACCACGGUCGUCGUCACGCACGUGCACGUCCCGCCGCAGAUGAUCCCCGUCAUGGGAGCCAAAUUCCACGCCAGCAAGCUGCACCCGGAGCAAGUGAGCUCGUUCAGAAUGAUGGAGCGCGAGAAGGCGGACAAGAUGCUGGACGAAUACUUCCAUCAGUGCUCGAAAACGAAGGUGAAAUGCGAGAAGCUGGUGAUUGAGAAGGAGGAUGUCGCGUCCGGUCUCGUCGAGCUCAUUCGCCUCCAUGGGAUCACUGAGCUCGUAGUCCCGGCUGCCGCGGACAAGCACUACUCGAGAAAAUUGGACAAACCUGUCUGCAUGACAGCAGCAGCAGUAAUGCAGAGAGCUGACCCAUCAUGCAAGAUUUGGUUCGUCUGCAAGGAGCAGUUGAUCUGCAUCAGAGACACUGAAGCAGAAAUCUCACCAUCGGCUGUCACUGCACCAUUGCUCCUUAAUCCUGGUCAUGAAAUUCUGCACCUCUCAACUCACCAGGAAGAGGAUGGUGACAUUGAGAUUGAGUUGGGGUUCUAUGAGGAACUCGGAGAGGCAUGCAGAGCAGCCGACGACCUGAUGAACAGAGCUCUGAAAGAAUCUCGCAGGCGUCAGAAAGCAGAAGAAGAAGUGGCCUCGUCUCUCCGCAAGGCGAAAGAAUACGAGGAGCUUUACUUGGAGGAGGUGAAGAAGAGGGAAGAGGUCGAAGCAGCUCUUGCGAGAGCAGAAGCAGAAAUUUCAGAGCUACGACAGGCAAUCCAGCGGAACACGACCAGGGAGGAACCCCAAGAGGCAGCGGCAAUGCCAUCGAUUAUCCUGGGACAGCCCGGCAUCGUCUCCGGUGAACCGGAGCCGGUGCUCUGCCGAUGCCAGAGGAAGCUGGCCGCGUCCUCCCCGUCGUCGGUCCUACUCCUACCAUCGUCACCUCCUGCAGACGAAGACGGGUGCACCUGUGAAGCCGGCGCGGUCGGGUGCUGCUGCUGGCUCGACACCGACGGGAUGCCGUCGCCCGUGGGCGCCGCCAAACCGCUCGGGCGCCCGGGAUUUGCUCUAUGUGCCGUGGUCCAAGAUUACAUGAGGCAGCAGCAGAGGUGCCCGUUUCCUUGAUUCAAGUGCCAUGCGCCUUGGCAGCUUCUCCUGGGUGGUGCAGUGCACGGUGCACUAGUUAGAUUUUUGUUCGUCCUUCACAUACAUGUAUACGCAGCAGGGUGGCCGGGUGAGCCGUGGCCCACCCUGAAUUUUUGAAAUAUGUUUUAUAUUUAGUUAUUUGGGUAAAUGUUUAUCACACACGAGCAGUAAAAAAACAAAAGUUAUAGAGGUGUGCCCACCCUUCAAUA